AUGACUGACCUCUUGAGUUCAUUGGUUACAGAUCCUAAUGGGAUGAGGGUUGCAGUGAACAUGGAACAGAAUAUUCACUGUCUGGAAAUUCAUGCUUACAGUUCCUUGUUGAAGGCUUUUAUUGCUCAAUCAGAACUUCUUACUUGGGGAAAAGAGGAGCUCUUGACUGAAAUACGGAAGGAACUACGUAUUGCAGAUUCUGAACAUGGAGAAAUUCUGACUAGAAUAAACUCUGAUGAGACUGUUAAAUGGAUAAGGGAGCAAAGGAAAAUGGCAUCUCAUUCUCAUGCUCAGGCUUAUAAUAAUGCUAAUACUACUGGGUGUCCGUCUGCUCCAAUUGGAAAUUCAGUUAUAAGAUUGAAAGCUCCACCCUCCAUUGCAUCUUAUCCUCGGAAGAACAUACCGCACAGCCAAGAUUCUCUGAGUUCUAUUCAAAUUCCUUCUUCAAUGCCUCUGAGUAAAAUAGGCCGCAAUGUAACUGUGCUGAAGUAUAAUGACAAUCUGACGACUGUGCAAUUCGUCCAUGGGAAUGCUGAGCCACCCAAGGAAAUGUUCAAUUAUGAUGCUCAGUUAUCGCCUAUUGGAAGAGGGAGUGUGCCGAAAGGAAACUGUCAAUUUGUCCAUGGGAGUGUUGAGCCACCAAAGGAAAUGUUCAACUAUGAUGCUCAGUUACCGCCGCCUGGUGGAAGAGAGAGUAUGGCGAAAGGAAACUGUCAAUUUGUACAUGGGAAUGCUGAGCCACCCAAGGAAAAGUUCAAUUAUGGUGUUCAGUUACCGCCUAGUGGAAGAGGGAGUGUGCCGAAAGGAAACUAUCAUAAUAAGCAGCCCUUUCACCCAUCCGAGCCUCCCAUGUUAAACAACAAAUCUGAUGUAAUUCGGCUUCGUCCAACACACAGGGUUAUCCAUGGGGUUGAGAAUAUGCUUUUCAACAGAGAGAAUCCUGAACCAGUUGCCAUCGAGAGAGCGAAACAGACUCUUCAUGAGCAAGAAAGAGAUUUACUUGAAGCAAUCGGUAAACUGGAGAAUGUGUUAGAAGAUGAUGACGAGGCACCGCAAAAUCUUCAAAACGACUCAGGGAGGACAAGAAAUGAUGGUCCGUGCCGUGGUAAUAUCAGUUGACUUUAGGAUUUAUUCUGAUCCUUGCAAUUAAGGUGAAUAUUUCAUUACAUAGAUAUGAUGCUUACUUUAGUUUUUGGAUUCAAUUAUGGAGGUAUAUACAUUAGACAAAGUAUAUGAUGCUCAAGCUAGUAGCUGACUGAUGCAAUGCGAGAUGAAAACUUUGAUAUAUGACUUGUUAGUUGUUACAAAUUACAAUACUUGUCGAGUUAUACUCCUGUUAACCAUUUGGUUUAAUGUAAAGUGUAAAGGAGAAUCCGAUCUCUUUCCGUUAUUCAGGAAAAGAGUUCAUAUGUUCUUGUUUGUUGCAUCAAAUUUUAAAUUAUAUGGUCAGUGAUUUUUUGAUAUGAG